GAAGUAUGUGCGCCAUUGGCCGGAAGUGGACGUGGCAUACCGCUGCAGCAGUUCCGCUGAAUGUCCGUUUCUUAUUCCAAGAAGGGAUUAGCAGAAACAACUCGGGACGACAUCGACUUUCUAACUUGUCGAGUUUACAAGCUUACGAAGGGCCAAGUUAAGCCUUAUUAUUGACGACACUUUGGAGAUUUAGGGAUGAACUGAAGAUGAAUGUAAAUCGGCACACUCCAAUGGCCUCUCCUUACGGCCAGCCUCAGCCCGGCUAUGGGCAGCCCACCUUUACCCAUCUGGAUGGAGGGGGAUACCCAUCAUCAUACGCACCUUACAAUGGCCCCAUGUCGGCCUACCAACCUGGAGCUCCACCACAAGGUUAUUCAUCUUUCACCACCUUUCCCUCUAAGGCUACGGCAGCCAACCCAGUCUCUGAGCUCUCCUCUCCUCUUGACCUAGGUCAUGGCAGGGCUCCACCCACUUCUGGCUCCCCGCCAGUAUCAGCUACUCAAGUGUACAACCAGUAUGGUCACCAUCAGGGGGACAUGCAGAAUGGACCCCCCCCAUCGACGCAAGCGCCCUCCAGGCCUGCUGCGGUGUCUCAGUCCUACUCAGGGCCACCCACCUCCUUCCCUCAACACUACGGGCCCCCACACACAAUGCAGCACGUCACCAAUCAGAUGGGUGGGAUGCAGAUUUCCUCUGGUUCCUCCAGCCCUGCUGUGCCUGGAUAUGCACCGCCACACAGUUCCCAGCCGCCAGUCAGCGCUUCCUUCUCAACACCUCCUCCCUCAACCUACACGCAAGCUCCGCCCCCCACGUCAUCCCCUCCAACCAAGCAGCCACCACCGCCCACCCAGCAGCCACCCCCGCCCAGUGUGCCCGCCGCUCCUCUGCAAUACUACGGAGGCCCCCCUCCCUCCCAGCAGCUAUUUAAUUCUUCUCUCCCUCCUACCUCUCAACAGCAGAUUGCCCCCCCUGCGCCGCCUUCCCCCUCCACUCAACAGCCGUUUCCUCUUUGCCCCUAUUCUGGUCCUCCGCCAACCCAAGCUCCCUCUUCAUCAGUGUCGCAGCCUCAGCAGCCGUUUCCCCCCUCUCAGCCUGCAUUCUCCUCAGCCCCUCCACCUGUCAGUCAGACCUCUUUUGCCUCUGGCCAGGGCUCUUUCCCUCCAAGAGAGCCCCUUCCUUCCUUCUCUCAACCUGGGUCAAAUCCUCUGCCUGGCCCCCCUCCAAUGUCACUGCCCUCUGGCCAGUACCCUGGCCCCAUGCCGCCUCAACAGCAACAUCAACACCUUCCCUCUCAGCCGCCACCCUUCCCCGCAGGUCCCCUUCCCCCCAGACCACAGAUGCCCCCCACAUCAAUGCAUCAGAGCAACCACUUACCUCCAGGACCACAGGGGCCACCAGGCCCUCCUGGACUGAUGCAACAUCCCCCACUUCAGCCUGGCAUGCCAGGGGGGUACCCACCCCAACAGAAUGGUGCAUUUGGGCAGGCGAGAGGCCCUCAGCCUGGCUACCCGGGCCCCUAUACUGGCCUGCAAAACUACGGCGCAUCUGCACCAGCACCUACCCCUGCACCCCCCGGACAGAAAAGACUGGACCCAGACAGCAUUCCUAGCCCGCAAGCGUCUGACAUGCCGGCUGUGCAGAAAUCAAGACAUAGAAUAGAUCCAGACGCUAUUCCCAGCCCAAUCCAAGUCAUAGAGGACGACAAGGCCAAGAGUACAGAGCCUUUCAGCACUGGAGUUAGGGGACAAGCCCCACCGCUGGUCACCACCAACUUUCAAGUCAAAGACCAAGGGAGCGCCAGCCCCAGGUUCAUCCGCUUUACGGCCUACAACAUGCCGUGCACGGCCGACAUGGCGAAGCAGUCUCAGGUGCCUCUGGCGGCUGUCAUCAAGCCCCUUGCCACGCUGCCGCCAGAUGAGACACCCCCAUACCUAGUGGACCACGGAGAAGGUGGUCCUGUCCGUUGCAACCGCUGCAAAGCCUACAUGUGUCCAUACAUGCAAUUCAUCGAAGGGGGGCGUCGCUUCCAGUGUGGGUUUUGCUCCUGUGUCACAGAAGUUCCUCCGCAUUAUUUCCAGCAUCUCGACCACACUGGGAAGAGAGUAGACUUCUAUGACCGACCAGAGCUCUCGCUGGGCAGCUACGAGUUCCAGGCUACCGUCGACUACUGUAAAAACAACAAGCUUCCUCAGCCUCCGGCUUUCAUCUUCUUUAUCGACGUGUCCUACAACGCGGUGAAGAGCGGCAUGGUCAGCAUUGUCUGUCAAGAACUUAAGACGCUCCUGGACCACCUGCCCAGACAGAACCCAGACGCGGACUCAGUGGUCCGAGUGGGCUUUGUCACUUACAACAAGGUCCUGCAUUUCUACAACGUCAAGUCCAGCCUGGCACAGCCACAGAUGCUGGUGGUGUCAGACGUGUCGGACAUGUUCGUGCCACUGCUGGACGGCUUCCUUGUCAAUGUCAACGAGAGCCGCCUGGUCAUCGAAAGUUUGCUGGACCACAUCCCGGUGAUGUUUGCAGACACCAGAGAGACCGAGACAGUCUUUGGACCUGUUAUACAGGCCGGGCUGGAGGCACUAAAGGCCGCAGACUGCGCAGGGAAGCUGUUUGUGUUCCACACCUCGUUGCCCAUUGCUGAGGCUCCUGGUAAACUGAAGAACAGGGACGACAAGAAGCUGAUUGGAACUGAUAAGGAAAAGUCUCUGUUUCAGCCCCAAGUAACUUCCUACAACACACUGGCUAAGGAGUGCGUCGCUCAAGGCUGCUGCGUGGACCUCUUCCUCUUCCCCAACCAGUACGUGGACGUAGCCACAUUAAGUGUGGUUCCUGUCUCCACUGGAGGCUCAGUGUACAAGUACACCUACUUCGAGGCUCAGUCGGACCAGGAGAGAUUCCUCAACGACCUGAGACGAGACGUUCAAAAGCCUGUUGGCUUUGACGCCGUCAUGAGGGUUCGAACCAGCACAGGUAUUCGAGCGACGGACUUCUUCGGCUCCUUCUUCAUGAGCAACACAACCGACGUGGAGCUGGCGGGACUGGACUGCGACAAGACGGUCACGGUGGAGUUCAAACACGACGACAAACUUAGUGAGGAGACCGGGGCGCUCGUCCAGUGCGCUGUCCUCUACACCAGCUGCGGUGGCCAAAGGCGCCUGCGCAUCCACAACAUAGCGGUGAACUGCUGCUCCCAGCUGGCCGACGUCUACCGCAACUGUGAGACAGACACCAUCAUCAACUUCCUCUCCAAAUAUGCUUUCCGUGGUGUCCUGAACAACUCCACCAAGGCGGUGAGGGACACUCUGGUCAACCAGUGUGCUCAGAUUCUGGGCUGCUAUCGCAAGAACUGUGCAAAUCCCUCAUCAGUUGGUCAGGUAGCAAAACCUCCCUGGUCUCAACCUCACUCUGGUAUCUUAAGAUCUCCAGACAUUUAUUUUUUCCUCCAGUUGAUCCUCCCCGAGUGCAUGAAGCUUCUGCCAGUCUACCUGAACUGCGUGCUAAAAAGUGACGUGCUGCUGCCUGGCGCUGAUGUGUCGCUGGAUGACCGAGCAUACCUGCGACAGCUCAUUAGCUGCAUGGAUGUGGCCGAGACCCAUGUCUUUUUCUACCCUCGCUUGCUGCCACUGAUGAAGCUGGAAAGUGGCUCUUUGCCGGUGGCGGUGAGAGACUCUGAGGAGAGGCUGUCCAAAGGCGGCGUUUACCUGCUGGAGACGGGCCUACAUCUCUUCCUGUGGGUGGGAGCCAACGCUCAACAAGAGCUGCUGCUCAACAUCUUUGGAACGUCCAGCUUCAGCCAGAUCGACUCCACCAUGACAAGUCUGCCGGUGUUGGACAACCCAUUUUCACAAAGACUCAGAGAAAUUGUGGACUCCUUCAGAGCACAGCGGUCGCGAUACAUGAAGCUAAUGGUGGUAAAGCAGGAGGACCGCUCGGAGCUCAUCUUCAGGCACUUUAUGGUGGAGGACAAGAGCGCCAGCGGGGGAGCGUCCUACGUGGACUUCCUGUGUCAUAUGCACAAGGAGAUCCGCCAGCUCCUCAGCUAGGUUCACAAAGUCCCGCCUUCCAACUUCCUCUCUCCUAAGUUUUUUUUUUUUUUUAACCUAAUAAACUUUAAAGCUCUCCUCACUGUCAUACGGAGAUACGCUGUCGCAGUCCCUGCUGCGUGUGCGCGCGCAUGCGUGAGAAGGAGAUAAUCUGAUGUUAAUAGAGCUUUACUCUGCCUCAAAUCUACUGUGGCUGGAGGAGAAGGGAGAGUAAUGAUGUAUAUUAAAACAAACACGUAAAGAAUGAUGUGUUAUGCAACUGACUGUAUUUACUAGCACUGAAAAGGCAAUUUUUUAAUAAUUAUCAAUAAUCAUCCUAAGAGUUAAAGGAUGUCUACUAGCAAGACAUGAAUGGAAUCAAAUAAAUGCUGUAAACCCAGCCCAGCCCCCCACCCCAGCACCUCCUUAAUGGUGUGUGCGUGUGAUUUUCUUUUUUUUUUUUAAUGUACAUUUCAGCUCCUGUUUUCCUUGCCUGGCAACAUGGUGAAUAUGGCCAUAACAUUAGGUACACCCAGACAAGAAGCGCCAUCAACGCAGGCAGCUUUAGCAGAAAUAUUUCAUUCUUGUUAUGCUCAUUUCUGAGGGUCUUUGCCAAAAUGUAGGGAAGGCCCUGCCCUCGCAGGUGUACCUAAUGAAGUGUGUGUGUAUAUACACACACACACGAAGUAUACACUGUAUAGAAUAAUUAACCUUUUUAAGUUAAGACCACUGAUUAAAUAUAAAACAGACAGCUUUUAUGAAUAAGGAAGGGCGGCCUUUUUUGAAGUGUGUGUGUGUGUGUGUGUGUGUGUGUGUGUGUGUGUGUGUGUGUGUGUGUGUGUGUGUGUGUGUGUGUGUGUGUGUGUGUGUGUGUGUGUGUGUGUGUGUGUGUGUGUGUGUGUGUGUGUGUGUGUGUGUGUGUGUGUGUGUGUGUGUGUGUGUGUGUGUGUGCGCGCGCGCGCAUACGUGGGUGUGCUUGGUCCUGAGGAACAGAGGGCCCCUCUAAAACAAACCCACCUACCAAAUUGAACUCAAUACAUUUUUUAGUGCUAAUGUGAAGCCCUCUGUUCUCCUUCUGUCCACUGACAUGAUUUCAAACCCAUUACGUUGACUACAAUCUUUAGUUUGGUUCCCUUUUUUUUUUGUCUUUAAGUUGUUUUGGGGUUUUUUUUCAUUGCUUUUUGGGACUGCUAAUAAAAAUGAUUGUUAAAAGGGAUUUCAACAUUGAGUUUUUUUGAACAGUUAACAUGGGAGGUAGAUCUCCCACUGCUAACGAAAACGUUCUUUUGUAAAAGUUAAUUUUAUAUCAGGAGCGAAAAUCCAAUUACCGGAAUUAGUCGCCUGUGAUGUUGCGCCAAGAUUGUGUGCAUUAGUAAACGCGGUGAGCUCCACGGCAUCAGUGCUGCUUCUGACAAAGUGUGUCUGACAAUGAGUGCUCCUCCUCAGGCAGGCGAGGUUGGAGGAGCACCAGCGGUGCCUACUCUUUAGGGGUGUCCAGCCAGUAGCUCCUAAACACUAUUCAAUUAGCUCCCCAAAGACUAUUCAUUUAUCAUAAAGUCCUAUAUCAACACUAUAUUAGAAAGUUGGUUUUGUUCGUAGUUAGGGAGCACUUUGGGGGUGUAACCAAUCACAAUGGAAUGGGUAGAAUAAGUCAAAAUAGACCAUUUUUGUGGGAAGCACCAAUCCAAGGAAUUGGAGCUGGAAUAGGUUCAGAUCCUGUAAGAUCUGUGCGGUUUAUUGUGUGUAGAUGCUCUAUAGGAGUCCACAACUCAACACAAAGGGUUU